AUGCCUCUCUCCAAUCCAUUUAUCGUGGGCACGUCGAUCGAACUAGCAGUCGGAACUAAAGUUGAAGCAACUCGUGAAGGACGUGGUUCACGGUACCUCUUACGUACCUCAUCCAAAACAGUGUACAACAAACUACUGAUGCUUACCGAGCUUACCGAUGGAACACAAGUCGAGAUCAUUUCCCAUCCUACACUGAACUCAGUGCAAGGUACGGUAUACGAUCCUGACACUAAGGACAUGGACGAAAAGGACAUCUUAGGCUACCUCGCUCCGCAAGGUGUACAUUCAGUACGCAGAAUCAAGAAACGUGUAAACAACACAGUUAAAAACACACCUCUUCUGGUUCUAUCAUUCUACGGGACGCAAUUACCAACAACCGUAUAUUUUGGUCUCUGUCGAAUCCCAGUUAAGGUUUACUAUCCCUACCCAAUGAUCUGUUUCAACUGCGGGGACUAUGGCCACUCCAGAAAAACAUGCCAAAAUUGUGGAGUCUGUCUACAAUGCUCACAAACGCAUGAACUUGCUGAAGGAGACAAAUGCCAAAAUACUCCGCAUUGUUUGCAUUGCAAAAAUGAACACGCAAUUACCUCACGAGACUGCCCCAAAUACAAAUCCGAGGAGAAGAUUAUUCGUAUCAAAGUUGACCAGGGAAUCUCCUUCCCAGAAGCCAGACGGAUCUACACCGAAGAAACGAAAAAAGAGACAUUCGCUAAUGUUCUCCAGGAUCGUCUGAACCGUGAACUAGCCAUCAAAGAUCAGAUAAUCGCCGAGCUACAAAAACAGGUGGCCGCACUAGCAAAAGAACUGUCGGAACUGAAGGACGUCCUUAAGUCGAAAUCCAACGACCAAGCACCAGUAGCUACAAAUGCUAAAGCCUCGAACUCACGGAAGCCACUAUCCCAAACGUCAACAUCAACGAACUCUUCCAUCACAGCUAUGCCCGCUCCAGCUCCACAAAAUAAGAGCAUCAGGAUGUCACGUAAAGACAAAUUGGACAUUUCCCCUCCAACACCAACAUCAAGCCGCAAUGACAUCAGAACAUACGAUCUCCGGAAUCGCAGCAGAAGUGGAAAACGUCACAUGGAUAUGUCUCCGUCAACCGGCAGAUCGCAAGGUAAACGAUUCUCCGCCCUCCCGUCUAGUAGUGACCCCAUUGAUAUCGACGAAUAA